AUGUUCAAUAAGAUCGCGAUUUUUCUGCUGAUUGUUCCCGCUGUCCAUUCCGCCGUCGCCGUGUUUCCUACAAAGGUUUCGAUUUGAUUUCCAUUUGUGCUAACUUAUAGUUUCCUGCUAAUGUUUCCAUGUAUCGGAGGUAAACAGAACUUAAUUUUGAAAAUCGGAAUUUAGGUUGGCGACUUUCUGCUUUUGGAUUUGGGAAAAGACAUUCACGAGUGGCACCGCGUUAGGAAUGGACAAGAAGAAGUUAUCCGGUACAUGAUGUAAGCAUGACAUAAAGAUAAUCGGUGGCAAUUGAGAUACUGUGAAGACGAUAAGCAGGCGCCGUCGUGCAACCGCUGGGUUGAUAAGGUUUGUCGGGGUCUUCAUUCGUAGUUUGGCAAUGAUAAAACGGAAAAAUUUUUUGGCAACAUCUGGGGACGAACUCCGCUCAUUUGGCUGAUAAUCUUUAGAAAAAGGAUCGUUGUCUCUUCUCCUGAAUUGGCCAGAAAAAAUUUUUCGUGAACCUCAGCAUUUUCAAUAUCUCAAGAACAAUAUAAUAUGAUAUACAGUACCGCUCAAAAGUAUAUUAAGUUUUGGUUUUUUGAGGAUAUCUCAGCGAGUACUCAUCCGAUUUAUAUAUAACUUUCAGGGAUAAUGUAAAAUAUUCUUUGAAACAUAUACGGUACACAAAUACAUGUCCGCAAUCACUGUGACGCGUUUUAGGAAUUUUUUUUUGAUUUCAAUUUUUUUUGUUUUUUACGCUUUUAUUUUUAUUUAUUUUUAUUAAAUUUUUUAAAAGUAAUAAUGUUGCCAUAUGUUUUUUUUAAUGUUUUCAGACAUGGGAAGAACCUCUGGAAAAAAGGAUCUGACUGAUAACGACAAAAGGACCCCAGAAUCUUGUUCCAGUCUUGACGGGUCCAGUUGAGAUGCUCCUUCGCCCACUUCACCCUGGCGGCUCGAUUCUAUUCAGAAAUCAGCGGUUUCUUCCCUGGACGUCUUCCCAUGAUUCCAGCAGCAUUCAGACGUCGUUUCACAGUCGAGACGGAUGGCGGAGAUUUCGAAUUCAAGAAAAAUUCCCGUCUGAUCGCAGGGGCGGUGAGUCUUGGAUUGGUUCUAGACGUCUUCAAAAUGUUUCUAUUGCCACUACGAUCAAUGACACGUAGUCUUCCAGUUCGUUGGCUCUUAGUAGAGCCAUCUUGCGCUUUUCAACUCUUCAGGAACUGAGAAAUGCACGCCUCUGUCACGCCGAACAUUCCUGCCAACGUCAUCAUGGUCAGUCCAUUUUGACGACCCACAACGAUGGCUCUUUUGUCGUUAUCAGCCAAAUCCUUUUUUUCAGAGGUUCUUCCCAUGUCUGAAAACAUGAAAAAAAACAUAUGGCAACAUUAUUACUUCUAAAAAAUUUAAUAAAAAUAAAUAAAAAUAAAAGCGUAAAAAACAAAAAAAAUUGAAAUCAAAAAAAAAUUCCUAAAACGCGUCACAGUGUUUGCGGACAUGUAUUUGUAUACCGUAUAUGUUUCAAAGUAUAUUUUCCAUUAUCCCUGAAAGUUACAUAUAAAUCGGAUAAGUACUCGCUGAGAUAUCCUCAAAAAACCAAAACUUAAUAUACAUAUGAGCGGUACUGUAAUUUAAAAACGGGACAGAAUAAACCAAAAAACCGUUUUCAAAGAUUGAAAAAGAGAGAAGGCUUUUCAACAUAUUACAAGCAAAAAAUGAAUAAAAUUCACUGCACACAAAUGGUGGUUUUUUUUUCACUUUUUGUAAAGUACGUCACUUUUGAAUCAAUCAAUAUCAAUAUUUAUUGGUUGUUUUUAGUCAGAUGGAAUCGACUAUAAUAACGAAAACUGCCGUUUUAGAUUUCAGGGAAAAAAAGUUAACGCUUUUUGUAAUCACAAGCAAUUUUUUUAUCAGUGGAAAAAAAUCUGAACCUCAAAAUUUUUUUAAAAAAAUUUUUAUACAACGCUGAUUGGGAGAAUAAAUCGAUUUGUUUCUCAUUUUCGAAGUAAUUAAUCUUAUUUAAUUCUCGAAAAAUUGCUUGCAAGUUAUAAUUCCAACUUCCCAGAUAAGAAAUUAGGCCACGGGAAUUUUUUCUCGGUACUUUUCCUUUCUGAAAACGGAAUUCUUUCGUUCUCCCAAGUUUGGCUCGUUUUGAAGUCACGAUCCCUCCAGGGCAUGACCCCGGUAGACGACGGCCACGGAAGCAUCUUCGCCAACGGAACUUUGCUCAUCGAUCCGUUCGAGUUGAAGGACGCCGGAGAUUACUUCAGCAACGACGAACUCGAGAGGGUGAGCUCAUCUCUCACUUCAUUACCGGAACACUUUAGGUCCACUACUCCGUCGAUGGACGCUACAUGAAACUUGCUCGCACCAGAAUAUCUGUUAUAGCAAUCUGA